UGUGAUUGUUUGAUGUGGACGUGUAUUUGGUUUUGUAAAUGAAUUUCGUUAAUCAUUAAUUCCAGGACAACUACAUGAAUUUUAUUCCCUAAAUGUUAGACAGUUAAAGAUUAUCUUGCAAUAAUGUAUGUUUUAGAUGUAGCAUAGUAAAAACCAUUGAUUUUUAGCUGUACAAUUGUUUACUGGUAAACAUGGAAGGUCCAGGAAUGAGUUUAUUCCAAGGGGCUGCAAGUAUACACAUAAAUAAUAGUGCUCAAGACAGACUUGAAGAGCAAGAAGAAUUGGAGGACCAGAAGAGACGCAAUGAGGAGUUGAAACACAAACUUGCGAAUGCGUUUGACGAUCUUUUGGACGAUGAUGAAGCCAGUUCAGUGAACAGCAGUGGAAAUUUCACUUUAGAUGCAGGACAACCUAACGGCAAUCAACAUACUAGAACAGGUCUGCCGCCAACAUAUGUGGAGUCUCUAAACCACUUGAAGGAGCAGGAAACUCCUAAGGCAUACCGAGAGACACCCAAAAAUCAUAUGCAUCACAUAAGGCACCAGGAGGAACCAAUGAAACUACCAUUCAGUCCCUAUGGAGCUGGUGAUGGUCAGAAUCAUUUUUUCCAACAAGACUUUCGAGGUCAAUAUAAUGGUGUAAACAACUUUGAUGCUAGGCAGGAAUACAUGAAUAAUGAACAGCUAAAAGUAAUGUAUGAGAUGCGCGUCAAAGAAUGUCAACAGCUAGCUUCUCAAAUGGAGAAGUUGGACACAGAAGUUGACAGCCUGCGAGCCAGGCUCGCCGCUGCUGUCAAUGACAGGGAUAAAGCAGAGCUCUCACUGCAGGAGGCUCAUCAUUUGCUUGCUUCAAGCAAGCAUAAACUGAUAGAGCUAGAGCAGCAGGUGACUGCACUAUCUGAGAAGCUAAUGGAAAGUGACCAGGAAAAAGACCAGCUGAAGUUAGAACUGAGGUCUGCUAAUAUGAGUUUGCAGGAUGUGCAACAGAGACUGCAUACUCUUCAGGUUGCCCACAGCCAUGAUACCGAUGCAUUGUUCAGAGAACAACAAGAUAGACAUAGAGAAGAAGUGGAGAGAUUACAAAGUGACCUAUUAAAAGCCAAGAACAGACUAGAAGAGAAAGAAAAAGAAAUUAAAGUUCUCGACCGUCGCUGCAUGGAGAGGGACAGAGAAAAAGAGGAGAUACUGAUAGAGAAAGGAGGCACAAUAAACCGUUUAGCCAGCGAAUUAGAGGCGGCUCAAAGCCGGCUGGUCAGCGGCGAGACCGCGCGGCUCAAGGAAAAGGUCUCGCAGCUCACUGGCGAGAGGAACACUGCUAGGGAACAAGUUAAGGAAUUAGGCUCCAAGUUGGAGGUAACAGCCCAUGAACUGGUUCUGUGCCGCAACAAGCUGUCGGCGACACAAAAGGACCACGAGAGCUGGCGCACUACCCUCCACCAGAUAUUGCAGGAAGCUCUCCCCGACACCACUUAUCUAGGUGAACCACCUUCGCCCGGCAAAUUGACGACGCUCAAAGAGGUGCUGAAUCGGUACAAACAACAAAUGCAAAAGAUGUCCACGUUGCAAGAAGAACUGUCUAAGCGGGACAAAAAGCUCGAGCAGCAUCGCAAACAAGAAUCGGAAUUACGUAGCAAAAUAGAAGAACAAAAAGGCAUAGAGAUGCAACUCAACUCCAAACUGGCGGUUCUACAAAAUAAGCUCGAACUACUCGGGAGUAGCUCUGACAGCGAGCUACUGGAGAGCUAUAAGCAACAGAAUGAAAGACUUCAAAUGGAGCUGGAUGAAGUGAGGAGUGAACAUAAGAACUUGGACCUAAAGUACACAGAGUUAGAAAUGGAAUACGACAAAUUAAAGUCAGAGAAAGGCAGCCGCGCGUCCAUAGUACAGGAAGCGAAUGCGGAUCUGCUGCGAGAACUAGAGCGAUACAGCGCCCAGCUCAAAGACACGCUCAAGGAAAACAUCGAGCUCAAGACACUCUACUUACAGGCAUGCAGUUCACGAGAAGCGGCAACUAGAGAAUUAAAAGACAUACAAACUAAAAUACAAAAGGAGAAAGAGUCAUUCAAGAAUCAAGAGAGAGAAUAUGUCGAGCGGAUAGAGAAAGAGAAACAGCAAGUUGAGAAAUUAUCUUCUGACCUCACAAGCACUAGAGAAGACUUGGAAAGAGCUAAUAAGAGGAUAUCUGAACUGCAGAAAGACUUUACUGACAAGCAAAAAGAAUUCACGGACAAACUGAACAAGUAUUUAGAAGAUGAAAAACAUGCGAUGAGGAAAGACAUGGAGCCGUGCACACAAUGCGAAAAACACAUAAAGCGUAUUCGAUACUUGGAUGACCAGCUCAGCAAAUGCAGUGUUAAAUUGGCAUCCCAAGAGAGCAACGAAGAGCUAAUGCAAGAGCUAAAAGGCAAGGCGGAGUUCUUCCAGCAGUACAUAAUGGAGCGGUUCCGCAAACUUCGCGAGCAACGUAGCGUGGGCACUAGUACUCAUGAGCUGCAGGCUCCGCAGCAGCUGGGGCCGGCUGAGGAGGAUAGGACCCCGGACGGCGAUGACGACAUCGCUGCUAAGACUGCUCUGAUGAUGAAGGAAAAAGCAAUAAGAGAUCAAAUAGCCGAGAAGUUUACCUUAGAAAUGAAAACAAUGGAAAUGAACUGCGCUCGGCGGAUAAAAGAAAUGGAGAACGAUCAUCUCGGGGCCAUCACCAAGCUAAAGGAACUUCUAGAAAGAAAAGCGCAAGAAGUUGAAACACUCAAAGAGUUUAUACUUUCCGAAAGAGGAAAAGUGACGCAAAUAUUGGAGGCGAAAGAGAACGAAAUAUCCGUGCUUAUAAAGGAACACAAUGAGUUGCAAGCUGAGUGUCAAAAAGCGAACGACAAUGUCGUCGAGUGGCGCUUGAAAGCUGAGAGGUACAAAGAGAGAAUAUCCCGCCUUGGAUCCCUCGAAGACGUGUUGAAACAUGAACGGGAAGAGUGGAAGCAACGUAACUCUUCGUGCGCUAAAGAAUGCCAAGCAGUGAAGACGAAAUUAGCCGAGUUGCAGUCGAAAAACGCUCAGCUCGAGCGAAAAUAUGAAAAGAUGCAAGCUGAACAUAUUACUCUGCAAGAUAAAUAUAAGAAUGUUAAGAAAACUGUUUUUACUUAUAAGGAUUACAUGGCGAAAAAGGACGCACACGUAAGCAACGAAAUGAACAGGAUACAGGACGAGUACAGGAAGAUUUUCGUAAAGCUGCAGACUCAGAUCAACUACCACGUCAACUGCCGCAUCCAGGAAGAGCGCAGCAAGGGCAAGCCGGCGCAGGCGCAGCAGUACCAGCCGUGCGACUAUUCCGAAAAGCUGAAAAAGUUGAACGAAGACUUCGCUCGUCUCGCGCAAUCGCGUUUCACGACGGACGCUCCAGAUGUGAAUCAGUGACCAUUUGCCAUAAAAACAGUACCAAUCGAUCUCCGUCCCUAUACCCUUGGACAAUAAGUUUAUAUUGUAGGGACCUUCUGCUCUUUUGCGGCUAAAGCAAAUUACCCAAUAGUAAUUUACUAUGUACUUACAUUAGCAUUAAUUUCAUCUCGAAUAUCGUGUCCAGAAUUUUAUUAUCGGUGCAUUUCUCGCGAUAACAGGAAAUCUGCUCAAAUGUACGCUGCCCCUUUUAUUAAAGAUAAAGACUGUAUAUAACUUUUAAUGAAUCGCUAUUGUCCCAUUUACUGAAUUUAAACCCAGUUCAAUAAUUUUAAUGUGGUUUCAUACUUGAGCCUGUAUGGUUUUGACUGAUUGUAAAACAUAUUUCCUAGUGAUCAUUCCAUAGAUCAAACCUUGAAUAUAUCUGUGAUAAUUUAGUACAUGGUGUAAAUAGUUUAUGAAUUUAGAUACAGUAUUAUUAGCAAAGAAGUGCAAAAGACUAAUGUCUGAAGUGUCUUAUAAUUUUACAUUCCUUUUGAUUCCAUUAGUAUCCUUGUCUACGCGAUGACGUCACUGUACAUUAUUUAGAAAUAAUACGUUAUU